CUGAUGUCAAAAAUGACAAAGUAAUUAGUAAAUAAGUUUUCUUUCUGUCCAUGUGAUAUUUUUUUAUAAUUAUACUAAAAAUAUAUUAAUAUACUAAUUAAUAAGUUAGUGAAGAAAAAUAUAUAAUGUCACGUUUUUUUCGUCGAGUACGAAUCGAAAGGUUAGCUUUUGUUGGUUUAUUUACACAAGGAGAAACAAACUAUGAUGUAGUAACAACAUCAUCAGGUUAUGAUCCCGAUGAUUUUGAUGAACCGAAAAAAGGAAUGGACGGAAUUCGUCGUGUCUUUUGGCCAUCAAAAUAUGGAGAAUUAUCACCAGAAUUAGUAACAUUAGUAACCAUGACAACUAGUAGCGCUUUAUUAGGAGCAAUGUACGGAGCAACAGUGAACGCACGUUCUGCUUUCCUUAGAUUUAUUGAAACCAAUGAUGCGACUAAGUUCGCUAAUCAUCUAGAAGCUAAACGGAUGUUACAACAUACUGUUACCUUGAGUCUAGGUAAAGGAGCGUGGAAAUGGGGCUUCCGAGUUGGAAUGUUUUCAACAAUUUUCUUAACAACAAGUACAGUAGUAGCUGCAUGGAGAGGUGAAAAUGGUAUACUAGAAUAUGUAAUAGCUGGUAUAACUGCUGGUGGAGCAUUCAAAAUGAACAUGGGGUUGAAAGGAUUUAUAGCUGGUACAGUAGUUGGUGCUUUUGUUGGUUCAUUAACUGGAUUUUUUUUUGAUAGUAUUUUUUGGAUAACUGGUACAUCCAUGCAAUCUUUACAAGAAACACAGAAGAAAAUUUAUGAACUUCGUGAAGAAGCGAUACAAAAAAAAAGGGACGAACAAAUGAGUAAAGAGUAUGCUAAACUGCAACAUGAAAUUAUGGAAGACCCACUGGCAGUUGAUCAGGGAAAAAAAAAAGAAGACAAUAAAUAAUAUAAUUAAUGCAGUUUUUUUUGUACAUAUUAGUUUUUUGUUAAUUUUUAUCGAUAGAUUACUUUAAUUAUUGAAAUAAAAAAAAUGAGACAACAAAACUA